CUGGUGGUCGGGCACAGAGUGGUGAUCUUGCAAACCAUUGAAUUGGUGGUGAAGAGCAGGAUUGAUGACGUCAGUUACCCCAAGAUCAAGAGUGUCAUACAGCUGGCAUCAGAUGAGAUGACUAAAUCAAAGGUGAGACAGCUGACUUACACUACUGUCCUAAAGUUUGGGGUCAUAUAUGGUAUGGUGCCUUUUCUCAAUGCUAUAAUGGGGACCAUGUUGCCCAUGCUGGGCAUGACCAAACAGGACAACAUGAAAUGGGUCUUCUCUUCUGCUCUCUGCCGCUUCAGUGAGAGCAUUCUAGAAUACCUGGCCAACCUGGACAAGGCUCCGGACCCCACUGUGCGUAAAGACACCUUCUCUAGUGAGAUAUACUCAGCCUACGACAUCCUGUUCAACAGCUGGAUCCAGAGCAGAGAGUCCAAGUUGCGUCUGACUGUUGCAGAGGCUCUUGGGUCAAUGAGUCACCUGAUGGCACAUGAUAAACUGGAAGAACAGCUUCCCAAACUCCUUCCCACUAUACUGGGCCUCUAUAAGAAGAAUUCAGAACACUACAUCAUCACCAAGAGCUUGUGUCAGGUCCUGGAGGCCUCUGUGAAUAUGGGCAGCAGAGUGCUGGAGACACAGAUUGAUGGUCUGUUACUCGCUCUGCACCAGCAG